AUAGGUUCAUGAAGCUUCAUUUGAGGUUUCCCAACACAUCAUCAGACACGAGUCUUCUGUCUGUCUCUCUCCUCUUUGAAGCCAUUUGCCUGUUUAUAGUCAUCAUUCUUCCUGUGGUGUAAAUCAGAGAUCUAUGGAAGGGGGAAGGGACGGUGGUGCAGCAGCUGCAGAAUGUUCAAACAAGAGUAGAAGUGAUAGCAACAAGUCCCAAAGCGAAUUGGGAAAUGAAGGCAGCUCAAGCAAUAGCACAAUUGAAGAGAACGAUGAGCGGCAAAAGAAGCCCACCGUGAGGCCCUAUGUCAGAUCCAAACUCCCACGACUCCGUUGGACCCCUGAUCUACACUUUCGCUUCCUUCAUGCCGUCCAAUCACUCGGCGGACAACAAAAUGCUACACCCAAGUUGGUUCUUCAAUUAAUGAACAUCAAAGGACUAAGCAUCGCCCAUGUCAAGAGCCAUCUCCAGAUGUAUCGAAGCAAGAAGAGCAAUGAAAUGACAACGGUGGCGGAUCAAAGGGUUUUAAUGUCUCAAACUAGUGAUCGCAACAUAUUCACUGUCAGCCAAAUCCCCAUGUUCCAACGCCAUAACCAAACCUACCCUUCUAAUAUUUUUCGAUUCGGUAGCCAUUCAUGGAGUGAUUACGAGAACAAAACAACACAAACCCUUUACACGGGGAAGGCCUCGGCAUUGAGUGAAGCGAGAUCGAGGGAAUUCGGCACGAGCACGGUCGGUGAACGGAACACGAGAAUGAGGAAAGGGGAAGAAGAACUAGACUUGAGUUUAUCGCUAAAGAUUGCUGCAAGAGAGGAGAUGAAGAUUGAGAAGAGAAGGAGGAUAGAACAAGAAGGUUUAGAAGAUAGAACUGAUUUGUCUCUAUCUUUGUGCUCAUUUCAUUCAAAAUCUCCUUAGCAAAGGAAGAGGAGGCUAAAGAGAGAGUAAGUACUCUGGAUCUGACUAUAUGAAUUCAACACAUCAAAUUCUAAGUGAGAUGUUGAAGUACUUAUUUCCCGAUUUGUACGUAAUUUGUCUGAAAUAGAAACAAUAAACCUUCGUAA